AUUAUUCUGGAAUAUGGCUUCUCUGUCACCAUGAGGAAAAAACUGGGCAUGGGUUCGGGGACUGGGAUGGAGAUUUUAGUGUUCUAUUUAAGGUGCUCAGUGUCCCUGGACUAACAGUCCUGGUGAAAAUCUGACACUCCUUCCCUCCCUGCUAUCUCUUAGCAUAACUAGUUCCUUAUUCUGCAAGAUCUGAUACCAUCCGCCUCGCUUUAGGAAUGGAAUUUAAAUCUUCUCUGUGUCUGCUCUCUGUCUUUUCCAAAGGUGCAAGGGAUACAAGAGGCUUUCAGAGCCACGGUCCAAGGAAUGUAUCAGAGCUCCUCCAUGCAAAAGUGUAUUAACCCCUACCUCCAAGUCUUUGCUUAAAGGCCGGAGCAACACUUCCGAAGGAUGGCCCACCCCCUGGCCGGUGAUAGGCUGCUGAGAAUAGCAACAGCUUGUGUCACUGGAAAGGGCAAAGCUUUCUGAAAUAGAAACAAAAGUUGUUCACGAAUCACUCCGGCUGAGUCUGAAGUUCCCCAGCGGCCCCCCCCCCCCCCCCCCCCACCUCCCCCUAAGUUGUUUCUCCUCCCCCUUCUUCUCCUGUCACAGUCUCUUAUACCAUGCUGCUAUGGGGAAAGUAACUGCUUCAAUUUCUGUCGCUAGGAUAGGUUCUGGUCUUGCACACUCCGAGGAAAGACUGUAACUUGGAGAUGACAUGACAAUGGUACCUGUUCAAAACGCGGAGGAGCCUGACCGGCUGUGCCAGAAAAUGAGAGCGGCUGAGAGUGACUGCAACAACAGCCCGGGCGGCGCUGGGCGGCAGCUUCCCGCUCCGAGAGGCUGUGGAAUGUUUACUUUCCUCUCAUCUGUUACUGCUGCUGUCAGUGGACUCCUGAUGGGCUAUGAACUUGGGCUCAUCUCUGGGGCCCUUCUGCAAUUAAGUGGCUUAUUAGCCUUGUCUUGCCGACAACAGGAAAUGGUUGUAAGUUCCCUGCUCAUUGGGGCCUUAUUGGCUUCUCUCACAGGAGGAUUCUUCAUAGACAGAUAUGGAAGAAGAACUGCUAUCAUAUUAUCAUCCUGCUUGCUUGGGCUGGGCAGCUUGGUUGUGAUCCUGAGCCUAUCCUACCCAGUUCUUAUAAUAGGACGAAUUGCCAUAGGAGUUUCCAUAUCACUGUCUUCCAUUGCUACCUGUGUCUAUAUUGCAGAGAUUGCUCCACAGCACAGAAGAGGCCUUCUUGUAUCACUGAAUGAACUGAUGAUUGUAAUUGGCAUUCUUCUUGCCUAUAUUUCAAAUUAUGCAUUUGCCAGUGUUUUCCACGGUUGGAAGUAUAUGUUUGGCCUUGUUAUCCCGUUGGGAAUUUUGCAAGCCAUUGCAAUGUACUUUCUUCCACCCAGCCCUCGAUUCCUGGUAAUGAAAGGGUAUGAUGAAGCUGCUAGUAAAGUCUUAGGAAGAUUAAGAGGCAUCUCAGACACUACUGAAGAACUUACUGCAAUAAAAUCUUCCUUGAAAGAUGAACACCAGUAUAGUUUCUGGGAUCUUUUUCGUUCAAAGGACAACAUGAGGACCAGAGUACUAAUAGGCCUCAUGUUGGUCUUUUUUGUGCAAAUCACAGGACAGCCAAACAUUUUAUUUUAUGCAUCAACUGUCUUAAAAUCUGUUGGAUUUCAGAGCAAUGAGGCAGCCAGUCUUGCCUCAACUGGAGUCGGAGUUGUCAAAGUCAUCAGCACAAUUCCAGCUACCCUUUUUGUGGACCGGGUUGGGAGCAAGACUUUUCUGUGCCUUGGCACCUCAGUGAUGGCAGCCUCCUUGGUGACUAUGGGUCUUGUGAAUCUUAACAUCCAUAUCAAUUUUACCAGUAUCUGCAGAAGUCAUAGUCCUAUUAACCACUCCCUAGAAGACUUAAUUUUUUAUGAACAAGGAAAUCUGCCAGUUAGCAACAACAGUCUCAAGGAACUAUUUAUGGGGAUAACUCCAAAUAGCAAGAGCUCACUCAUGUCGGUCAGAAGUGAUACCAAAAAGCAAGGGGAGCUGAUAUGGGCAUCUGUGCCAAGUGUUGGAACCUCUAGACCAAGCCCAACACAACACCACCAAGAAAGGGGCCAAAAUGAAGUCCCAGAAUUUUUGAAGUGGCUCUCCUUGGUCAGCUUACUUUUUUAUGUUGCAGCUUUUUCCAUAGGACUUGGACCAAUGCCUUGGCUGGUGUUGAGUGAAAUUUUUCCUGGUGGAAUUAGAGGAAGAGCAAUGGCUUUAACUUCUAGCAUGAACUGGGGCAUCAAUCUCCUUAUCUCACUAACAUUUUUGACAGUAACUGAACUUAUUGGUCUUCCAUGGGUGUGCUUUAUUUACACAAUAAUGAGUCUAGCAGCACUGAUUUUUGUUAUUUUGUUUAUCCCGGAAACAAAGGGAUGCUCUUUGGAACAAAUAUCAAUGGAACUGGCAAAAUCGAACUAUGUGAAACACAACAUUUAUCUUAUGAGUCAUCAGAGAGAGAAGUUAGUGCCAACGGAGCUUCAAAAGACAAACCAUCAAGAGCAGUUCUUAGAGUGUAAAAGGUUGUGUAGUAAAGGGCAAUCAAGCAGCUCUUUCAGGAUAACUGAUGGCAUAUGCAAACAAUGAUAUAGAUUUGGUGUAAGGACACUUAAUGUCUUUCUAAUAAUAUACAUUUGGUAUUUUUUUCAACUUUUGAAGGUCAAGCUUUAAGGUAUUUCCUAAUCUAGUCACAAGUGGCUUGAAAAUCAGUUCUUAAUCUAAAAGUCUAACUAGGGAAAGAGGAAGCAGACAUCAGCAAAGUACCUACCAUUCUCGAAGAACCAGUUAAGAACUGGCCUGAGAAAAUGCAGUUGAGUCUCACUGUCCUGAACAAUUUAAGAAAGAACAGGCCUUUUGCAAUCAAGUGAGCACUCUACAUCACUCUACAUCGCCAAAUAUAUAUAUGGGAUGUGUGUGUAUGUGUAUAUGUGUGUGUGUGUGUGUGUGUGUGUGUGUGUGUGUACACAUCCACAAACAUGAAAACUUAAAAAAAAAGUUUUAUUUUUAGAAGUAUGAGGGGCAGAUUUCAAAAUAUGAUUUUACUAUUCACUAUAGGAACCUGGCUUGCAUAAUGGAUCUUUUUUUUCCUUUUUUGUAAGAAAAGGCAGUAAAUUCUAUGGAUGCAGCUCAUCUUUCUUUGUUAGUUGAAAAAGGGUUAAAAUGCUCUGAUGGCUAUGUUUUCGAUUGUACUUGCUGACCUGUAUCUAAUUAAGAAUAGUAAAGGUUUCUAUAGCUGUUAUUAAAAUCUAUGUAGUAAUUUUAAAAAUUAACCAACAAGUGGGCUUUCUGAACUUACAUGAAUAUAUUCCAGAUCUCAAUGCCCAUGUAAAUAAUCAAUUCUGUAGUAAUAGAUAACAAUGAAUUUUUCAACAUUUUUCCUUGUUACCUGAGAUGCCAAGAGAGAUUGGAAAUAUGGGACCAUAUUUAGUUGUAACCCUUAGAGAAAACUUAUAAAAAAUUUCAUGAAAUCCAGAAGUUUGUCAGAUAUUUAAUGUUAUUUUUUUGUUGCCUUAAAUAAAGCUUUCAAAAUUUUCUCCUA